GGAAGAAAGGGUGGAUUCUUUUUUAACUGGGAGAAGGAAAGGUGAUUGGGUUUCUUGGGACUGUUAGUUAUUUGAAAGAGUCUUGUUUUAGAUUGGAUUAUUGAGGUGGUGUUGAUGUUCUUCUUCUUCUUCUUCUUCGAUGUCAUCGUUUCGAGAUUGAAGUUUGGAGUUUUCAGAUAGAGCAAGCCGUAGAGUCAAUUGAGUGAGAAGUUAGGUUCCAGACUAAAAAUUCAGCUCUGUUAUGGCGAAGAGAGUGUACAAGCAAUCUCUACAGUUUGAAAAGGAUCACCCAGGCUGUAUGGGUGGUUUGAUUAGUAUUUUCGACUUCCGAACUGGCCGCCCUGCGCAGAGAAUGAUUUCAGAUAAGCAACCUGGAAGCAGCGGCAGAGACGCUCUUGGUGCUGGAUAUCCAAGGACCAGACUCAAUUUGCUAGCGAAUGGUAGUGAAACACAAGAGGGAACGGAUGGGAGCAUUAGCGAUUCAUGUGACUGUGAAGAAAGCAGAACAACCAAUGUUGGGUCCCAAAGGACAAGCGUAAAAGCGCUCAUGGAUGAAGAGAUGUCGAAACCUCAGCCCUUAAAGAAGCAGAUUACUGGAGCUAGCAAUGAACAGAUAAGAUCCAAUUCAGGACGUCGAGUCCGUUUGGGGAAAAAACGUAAACAGAUAAACAAGACCUGCAAGGUAAUCUGUGAUCUACACCCAAAUGAUUUCGGAACGUCAGCAAGCUCGGAGCCUCGACAAUCUAAUCAUCCAAAGUUGAUGGAAAGAUUUUCAGUAGUGGAAGAGUCUGGUGGUCCGAAGUGUCAAAUUAAAAAAAUGCAUCCAAACCUUGAGAAGAGGACUGAUUCUUCUAGCCGGAAAAGCUCAGGUCUUACUAAGCGUGGCCCACCUCAUAAGCUUCAGAAGCAUCCUAUCAUCGAAGAAAAACUAAGUGAGGAUGCCGAGUCAUUUCUAAAUCAGAAAUUUAUCCAUGCAAAACAGCUCAUCAGAGAUGGGGCCCUCCACCGGUCAAAAGAAUACAUGGACCUGUUAGAAAUAUUGAAUUCGAACAAGGAAUUGUUUCAGAAACUCUUACAAGAUCCAAACUCAUUGCUGGUGAAACACAUUCAAGAACUACGAAAUGCUCAAUCAGAGAAACUAUCAAAAGUUGAAGGGGUCGGAAAUUCAAAGCAAUGCAAUGAUGAGACUGUCAGUCACAAACAGUCUGGGAAACAAAACAUGCAUAGCUUCUUUAGAAGAAAAGAUAAGACAACACAGAUUAAAAAUGUGUCGAACAAGAUAGUCAUUUUGAAGCCCAAGAACCCUGUAACCAUUCGAGAUUCUAUGACUCUAACCAGUUCAAGCUCUUCGUCACAAUCCCAUUACACCUCGGGAAAUCAAGCAGAGAGUGAAAGAUUUACGUCCCAUUUUUCCCUUACAGAAAUUACACGCAAGUUGAAACAUGCAAUCAGAGAGAGAAAAAAGGAGCAGAAUUCGACAUCAGCAGACGGAAUUCUACAUAGGAUUCCAACCAGGCUCCAGGAUUCAAGAGCUAUUUGUAGUACAUCUUCCCAAAGUGAAAGAACCUCCGAGCAUUCUAAGUUGAAUGAAUGCCAGUCAAGCAUCGAAUAUGAAGCUGCAUUCUCUAGUUCUGAUAAUCAAGGAGAUUCAAAUCAGAUGACUGUCGUCUCCCCCCAUCAAAGAGAUUGUAACGUCUACAACGAAGCUAAAAAGCAUCUUGCCCAGAUGCUGAAUGCCGGGCAUGGAGGUGAGGAUUUGCCGACUGGACAGUCACCAAGAACGUUGGGGAGAAUACUUUCAAUGCCAGAGUGUAACAUGUUGUCUCUGAGAUCAAGUCCUAGGGACAAGGAACCUGGCACUGUAUCUGGUUUGACUCGUGACAGUUAUCGACUCUGCGGUGAAAAUGUAUGGUUUUUCAACAAAGGAAAACCUGCCAACCGUUCAAGUCGAAGUCUGUUGACACAGAAAGCAGAGGAUUUGUCAUGCACUGAAGGUGGAUAUCCAGAUGGGAAAAUACAAGAGCGUAACUCAGAUUCAGAACUUCCCAAGGGGAAUCUUCCUGAUCCUGAAAUCCAGGAGAGCAUCUGGAGUAGAGGAGAGUCAUGGUGUGACAUUGAGAUCGUAGAAGUAAGAGAUGAUGUACGCAUCGAAGAGAAUACUCCCUUAAACAUACCGUCUGAACUACAAAGCAAUACACCGAUUAUCGACAACAAUCACAGCAGCAAUGUACCUGAAAAGUGCGAGCAAGACGGAUCCUCUGAAUUUUUGAAACCGGACCCGUCCAAAGAGAAGACGACACCCACAUCCACAUUAUCUCCCUUCUCAGGAAGCCAUUUACUUAUCGAUAGAACAGAAGCUCCAGAGAACAUAAGUGAAAAGCCAGAACGUCCAAGUCCGGUAUCUAUUCUUGAACCAUUCUUCGUAGACGAUGUUAUCAGUCCUGCAAGCCCCCAAAUAGCUAAGCUGCCAGUGGAACCACGGAGAAUUCAUUUCGACGAACGAGACAAUCGUGAUAUUGAUAUAGCCACCUUAGAUCCUGAAAUCAAUCUAAAAGAUUGUGUGGUAGAUCCUGAAAUCAAUCUAAAAGAUUGUGUGGAGCAGAAGGAAUUGAAGUUCAAGUAUGUAAGAGCUGUAUUGGAAGCGUCUGGUCUACAAUUCGAUGAAUCCAUCGAGUGGCGGCAUUUUGCACACCAGCCGCUCAAUCCAUCUUUAUUUGAUGAAGUAGAAGCCUCAUCUACCAGAUCAUCACACGAGUGGAGGCUCCUCUUCGAUUGUAUAAAUGAAGUUCUCGAGGAGGUUUAUCAGCAGUUUUUCAGCAUCUCGCCGUGGACGUCGUUUGUCAAGCCAAACAUUCGACCAACUCCAGUGGGGAAAGAUGUCGUCCAUAAGGUUUGGAGAGGCAUUGAUCGGUAUCUCAACCCAGAAUUUCCCCAUACAUUAGAUGAGAUCACGGGGAAAGACAUGGAAAAAUCUGGAAAAUGGAUGGAUCUCCGAAUCGAUGUUGAAUGCAUUGGCAUUGAUAUGGGAGAGGUCAUUCUAGAAGAACUAAUGGAAGAGGCGAUACUCCAACUGCAGAAUUGAAUUUAGGUACCAGCAUAGAGCUUUCAUAGAAGGAAGCAACAGAGGAAGGGAGAGAUCCAGCAUGACACGACAAUCUCAAGAUUUCUCUCGAGUGUAGAUUCUUGGGGCUAAAACGUAUGUGGACAUGUCAUUUAUCUUUGAGUUUCAUGAAAAUGUAAACAUGAGAAAUGAUACAAGAACUUGCAUAGCCAUUGGAUGAUGGUGUCCAAAUGGGAAGCUUUACAAAUUCGAUCCCCUCUACAUCACCACUCAGCUCCCUCUCAUCCAAAUGUUAUAAGUUCGGUUGUAUGGCAACUCUCAUGUAACAUGAGUAGUGUAUCAUUUCCAAUCAAGCAAUCAAUUUGCCUUGGCUAACAAAUUAUACAUGUGGGACCAAGAUUUUGGUUAUCUAUACCUACUUAUGGUAGGCCUACGGCCUACCUGAAAAAGCCUCCCCCAUCAGAUGAUCCUGAACAUCCUAAUAGGCCAUUUUUCUCAUGAUCGUAUGUGGACCAUUGGCCAUAAUCAUCCUUCUACCAAAUGGCCCACCAAAGGAAUGGCUCAGAUUGCUAAAAGGUGAACCCCACCAGUACCGUAAUAGGGUCGAAUUAAAGAAAACAUCUUUCAAUCCAAAUCAUAUGGUACCUGCUUAUUUUAUGUUUCAUGUUCAUGAAGGUUGAAACAAGCAUUGCAACGAUGAUGUCAAUGAAGUUGUGGAACGUGAUCCUUGAGGAAUUAACGGACGCACGACUGUAGGCUUUGCAAAAUCUACGCAGGUUUUCAAUUCUAAUAAUUGGAGCCAUUGGUUCAGUGUCUAGAGCACCCAUCUGUUGUGUCCCACUUUGGGUGGGCCAUGCAAAAGAUCUCCUCAAUAUGACAAUCAUAAACUUCCUAUUCAUGGCUUAUAAAUGAUGAUUAAGAAAAGAAACUGAAAAGAGUCGAAGGGUGGGUAGCUAAGAUCCUCUAACCCUGACCAUAUCAAUGGUCGCGAUUACAGGAGCAUGGGCCCCACUUAUCAGAAUUGAAAACCCAUGAAUAAUGUGCAAAGCCUCAACCUGUGUAUCCUAAAAUUCAUCAUCCUUGGUACAGUAAGAAGUAUUUUCAUCACCGGGAUUCAGAAAAGUAUCUUCAGUUCAGAUGGUUGAGGUCAACAGUGGUAAGCUAUUGAGUGUAUCAGUAGUGUGUUUGUUUGUCAUCAUUCCCUUCUUGUGUGUUGCUUCCAUCAAAGGUGUUGUAACUUCUACUUGUUUGAUACUGUUGUGAUUAGGAAGUAAUUGAAAAGAAGAAUCCGAAUCAGUUGUUAUACGUGUA